AUUAAAAGCUUUCAUGGAUGCAAUGUUUACAAAUUUUAUAAAAGUUAUUAUUAUUUUGUGAUAUAAAGAAGAAAAUAUAGAAAAUAAGUGGAAUACACAGUUAACAAAGAAAUUUCCAGUCACUUGACUUUCAGAAAAAUGUACAAGUAAUACUCGAAACAGACACCUGUCUUUGCCCGACAUCAACAAAGUGGUCGUCAAGCCGGGUUUUGCUGCUUAAAAACACUAAAAAAUGAAAACUACUGAAAUGCCAAAAAGUCGAGUUUAUCAACUAGAUGAGUAUGAAUCAGGAUCAGACAUAGACAACACAGAAACAUUGCUUUCCAAACAUUUCUCACAGCAGUCAACAAAGAAGAAGAAGGCUUCAAACAAAAAGUCAGGAAAACAAAAAGAAACCCCACGAAAAAGAGCCCAAAGUGCACCACCAGCAAAGGUUGGUCGUGAUUUGUGGAUGAACGCAGUGAAGAAAAGACAAACACAGAACCUUACACGGAGUAGACCAGAGAGUCCACGUCACAAAACAUCCACAGAGUAUUGGGUUGAUACUCUUCGGAAAACAGGAAUAGGAAGGAGUACAGAAAGUACUGGUAUGAACACAUUUUCUGGGAAACGACCACGUGAACAAGACAUGGCGUAUCUCAGUACUUCAGCAUAUAUGAGGCAGAUGAUGGGCGCAGAAAAGCCACAGAAAUAUGGGGAUCCAACAACAAAACCUCCCAUUGGAGCCCCAGCAUAUAAAACACCAGAAGAAUAUUAUGACCAGGUGCUUGAGCUAAAAAAGAUUAUCCAAGGUCUUAAUCAAGAAAAGAAUGAACUAAAGUCAAAAGUUAGGAGAACCGAAGAAGAUAAUAUUAAAAAGGAAAAAGAAAUAUCUGGUCUUCUUGACCCCAAAAAGAGUGAUGAUGUACGGAGAACAUUAGGUACAAAACAGCAAGAUUCUGCCUCAGUUAUUCACAGCUUAAAACAGAAAAUUCUAAAAUUAGAAAUUCAAAACAGAGAUAGAGAAUCUGCUUAUGUAAAAUUACAAACAGACCUUAAAACAACAAAAAUAGAUGAACUUAAACAGCAAUUAGAAGUUUGUUUUCAAGAAAUUGUAAGACUACAGAACUCGAAAGGAACAGGUGCUCAUGGGUUAGGGCCUGCAAAACCAGGAACUGACAAGAGAAUAAAAGCCUUAAAUGAAGCAAUCCUUAGAUUAAACAAAGAAAACGAGCAGCUGAAGUCUGAGAGUCAUGGAUUGAAAGAGGAUCUCAACAGACAAAUAGAUGACAAAGAUAGUAGCGGUAAAAAUGAAAUAGAUAGAUUGUGUGAAUAUGAGGACAUGAACAGAAAGCAGCUAAUAGCAGCUAUUAGAAAGAUUGAGAAACAAAAGUCGAAGACAGACAAAGUUUACAAAGCUGAUAAGCAAGGUAAAAUAGCCUUAGAAGGUAGCAUGGAGCAGAGACUAGACCAAUUAGACAAACGAGAGACAGAACUAAUGGAUAAAGUAGAGACUCAGGGCAGACAAAUUACAAAAUUACAAAAUGAAAAAGAAUUACUGUACAGAAAACUUGAUGAUAAAGAAAAAGAAAUUAUUGAAUUGGAAGAACAGACAGGAAGAAGAACAAGCAGAUCACCUACUACGCCAGGCAGACCACCAUCAGGUAGACGUGACAGACCAUUAAGUGCUAGAAGUGAUGGCAGUGGGGAGUACAGUGUACGUGGAGAAAGACCUUCUAGUGUACGAGGUGAAAGACCAUCAAGUGUUCGAAGUGUCAGGGCUGAAAGUCGACCUCAUAGUGGUAGAAGUGAUAGGUCAGCUAGAGAAAGGGAGGAAAAAAUAGAAAGUAUGUGUAAAAAAAAUGCUGCAAAGAAAAUUCAGAGAAAUUGGAGAACACAUAAACAUGACAUUGAAAAACAAAGAGAAAUUGAAAAACAAAUUCAAAUUGAAAGACAAAUACAUAUUGAACGACAGUUAAAAUUAGAAAGACAACGUCAGUUAGAAAUAGAAAAACAAAGAGAAAUUGAAAGACAGAUUGAUAAACAAAAAGAAGUAGAAAGACAGCUUGAAAAACAGAGACAAAUCGAAAAACAAAGACAACAGGAAAAAGAAAGAGAAAAAGUAGAAAGAUUACGACAACAACAUGCAGCAAAGAAAAUACAAAGAGGAUGGAGAACUAAGAAAGGAGAUGAGGAGAAGGAAAGAGAUGUUAAAGUUCAAAAGUUUGUGGAAAACAGAGCAGCCAAGAAAAUACAGAAUGAAUGGACGGGUUUCAAACAUCGUAAAUAUGAAGCUGAUUAUGAUGAGGCAGCAGACACUAUAACAGCAGCACUGAAAGGCCAUCAGUCACGACAACAAAGAAUACAUAAGUUCCAAUAUUACGAUGAGAGUGAGACUGAAGAUGAAUCCUUAACAGAUGCUACAGAACUGAUAUAUUCAAGUUUGAAAGGUCACAAUAACAGAAAAGAUAAAAUGAAAAGAAUGAGACAUGUAUCAGAUGAAGAAGAAGAUUUUUCCAGCAGUAGACGGGCAUCACGAACAUCACAUUCAAGACAAUAUACUCCUCCAAAUAGAAUGAGACCAGGCUCAGCACAUUCAAGAGCAAGUAACUCCUCACAGAGAAGCGCCAACAGACAUACAGGAAAAACAAACUACAGAAUGGCUUCUGAUUAUGAUGAUGAUGAUGACAUUGAAAUGUGAAAGGAAGUAGAAUUAAUGACUGUGGAAUCAGUGUAGAGGAAAAAAAUGGCAUCUGUGUCAGUAAAAUACUGCCAUUCAUGUGACUCAAGAAAUGUUAAUGAUGUUUUUAAUUGAAAUCCGCCCAUCCAAAAUUUUUUUCUUUGUUUACAAUUAUCCAUUUAUUUAUAUUUUAACAUUUAACAUUAAAAUAAUAUAAAAAUGUACAAUUCAAUGAUAGCUAGUUUUCAAAGGAAUUAUGUAGAAUAAUGUUAGUUAUUUUGCCAAACGUAUAAAGCUUUGCUCAAGCAGAGUGUAUUUGCAUAGUUAUUUUAUGUCUCUUCAUUUACAUGGAUUUGUCCUAUUAUUUUGAAGCACAUUUAAACGCAAUGCCAGUUUUCAAGUAUAAAGCAGGAUGCUUUCAAUUUCUUAAUUUGUAAGCUUUAAAUGCAUGCCAAGUGCUUCUAUAUAGAUGAGCAGCAGCAUUGUUCAAAUUCAUGUUUGUUAUGGAAAAGUUUUUUGACAAUACCCAAUUAAUAAACAUUCUUAAUGGAAUUUUAUAUGCUAUCAAGAUGUUAUUGCAGUUUGGACUAACAAUAUAUAAACAUGUCAUCUUGAUAAGGUCAAAGAUACACCCAAAUGAAACCAAAGAAGACCAUUGUGCCAU